GUGAUUUUUUGGAUUUUAUCAACGUCUUCAUCUGGCGCGGAAGGAUAACUACAGAUACUUAAUCGUUUGUGAUGGAUUCUUAAAAUAUUUUGCUGUGAUAGGAAGAAUGAAAGAGUCAGAAUAAAAUGAGCACAUCGAGUGAACACCUAUUCAACAUCUCGAGUUCGAAAAAGGAGCCGCAGAAGUUAAAUUUCGGAAUAGACAGACUGCUGUCGACAGAUACUUCUAAGGACAACUGUAUACGAGAAUCUUUAUUUGCAAGUUUCCCGCAAAACAUGGUCUCCUCAAAUAUAACGAAGCCCUUGCCAACUAUUGCCAUACCUUGCUCGGAUUGUGUGACGUCCUUGUAUAGAUGCUGUAGAGUAAGUCCUUCAGGAUGUUCGCAGGAUAAUUUGUCAGGAUUACUAGGAAGUAGCACUUUUAUGUCAAGCAGUGGAAUCUAUUCUGUUCAACCCAUUAAGCCUUUUGCCACCAGAGCCAGUGUCAGAAUACCAGUCUCCAACACAUCCUCAUCACCACCUCCAAACCUACAAAUCGGCACUAACCACAACAAGCGGAAGAGAUCAUGGUCUAGAGCAGUUUUCAGCAACUUGCAAAGGAAAGGUCUCGAAAGGAGAUUCCAGAUACAAAAGUACAUCACCAAGCCUGACAGGCGACAGUUAGCAGCAACGUUGGGACUCACCGAUGCCCAGGUCAAAGUGUGGUUCCAGAACAGGCGUAUGAAGUGGAGGCAUUCGAAGGAAAGUAUCAAGAAUGGAGAAAACAAUGCAGAUUCGACGCAGGAUCAGGAUUUGCACAUAGACGUCGAUACUCUGACGGAUGAGGCUGACUGAAUCUUUUUGGUUGACUCAUCCGUUGUUAUAACUAGAUA